CCCCCGUCUCUCUGUGUAAGAUAUUCAGGGAUGCAGGCAGGUUCCCUUUCCUCUCCCUCUCCGUAACUUACCAGCAAGGCGGGAGAAUGACAAUUCCAUAAGACAAGAGAAGGAAAGUCUUCCAGGGCUCAUCUCAAAUACAAGGUCCAGGAACAUCAUUCUGCCUUGCCUUUAUGGACUUCUAUGAUGGACCCCCCUAGGAUGUGUUGAUGGCUAUUGCGUGUGUUCUUCCCUGAGCUCAAGAGUUAAACUGCCUGGUGGAACAGGAGAACUGUCUGAGGAGCAUCAAGAACUUGAGUAGCAGCUCUGCAACCUGGACCUCGGGACAAUGGCAUCCAUUGGAGACUUUGAUCCUGUGCACACCAGUGUUCCAGCAACUAAAAUAGAGAUCACCGUGUCUUGCAGGAGCCUACUGGAUAUGGACACCUUCUCCAAAUCUGACCCAGUGGUUGUUCUGUAUGUGCAAGGAGUUGGCAACAAGGAAUGGACAGAGUUCGGCCGGACAGAAGUUAUUGACAACACCCUGAACCCCGACUUUGUGCGCAAGUUUGUGUUGGAUUAUUUCUUUGAAGAGAAACAGAACAUGCGUUUUGACGUGUUCAACGUGGAUUCCCGGAGCUGCAACAUAUCAAAGCAUAAGGAUUUCCUGGGACAGGCAUUUUGCACACUUGGAGAGGUUAUUGGAUCCCCAAGGAGUCGACUGGAGAAGCCGUUAACAAUGGCACAUACUGUAGAGAAGAAACCUGUCCAGACCGAGGAAAGGGGGAUUCCGGGAAAGAAAUGUGGCACCAUUAUCUUAUCAGCCGAAGAGCUCAGCAAUUGUCGGGACAUUGUCACUAUGCAGCUGUGCGCUAAUAAACUGGACAAAAAAGAUUUCUUUGGCAAAUCCGAUCCCUUUCUGGUCUUUUAUCGCAGCAACGAGGAUGGCACGUUCACCAUUUGCCACAAGACAGAAGUGAUAAAGAACACCCUGAAUCCAGUAUGGCAGCCGUUCACCAUCCCUGUGCGAGCAUUGUGCAACGGUGAUUAUGACAGGACAGUGAAAGUGGAUGUGUACGACUGGGACAGGGGAGGAAGCCAUGACUUUAUAGGGGAGUUCACCACAAGCUACAGAGAAUUAUCUCGAGGGCAGAGUCAGUUCAGCGUAUAUGAGGUGCUAAAUCCAAAAAAGAAGUGCAAAAAGAAGAAAUACAUAAAUUCUGGAACGGUGACACUCCUGUCCUUCAAGGCUGAAUCAGAAUACACAUUUGUAGAUUAUAUCAAAGGAGGGACGCAAUUAAACUUCACAGUAGCCAUUGAUUUUACAGCAUCGAACGGAAACCCUUCCCAGCCCACCUCUCUGCACUACAUGAACCCGUACCAGCUAAAUGCAUAUGGCAUGGCGCUGAAAGCCGUCGGAGAAAUUAUCCAGGACUAUGACAGUGACAAACUGUUCCCAGCAUAUGGCUUUGGCGCCAAGAUCCCGCCAGAUGGCAAGAUUUCCCAUGAGUUCCCUCUGAACGGUGAACUGGAAAAUCCAAAUUGUGUGGGUAUCCAGGGAGUGCUGGAAGCAUAUUUUAAAAGCCUUCGAACAGUUCAGCUGUAUGGACCAACCAACUUUGCGUCUGUUAUUAACCAGGUGGCCAGGGCCGCCGGCGAUGUUACUGAUGGAUCCCAAUAUUACGUUCUACUGAUCAUCACUGAUGGAGUCAUUUCUGAUAUGGUCCAGACCAAAGAGGCAAUUGUUAAUGCUUCGUCGCUACCGUUGUCCAUUAUUAUAGUUGGAGUCGGCCCAGCAGAGUUUGAUGCAAUGGAAGAGUUAGAUGGAGAUGAGGUGCGCGUCUCUUCCCGAGGACGAUUUGCAGAGCGAGACAUUGUGCAGUUUGUGCCAUUCCGCGAUUACGUGGAUCGUUCUGGCAACCAGGUCCUCAGCAUGGCUCGACUGGCCAAGGAUGUCUUAGCCGAAAUCCCAGAGCAGUUCCUCUCCUACAUGAAAUCUCGCGAUAUCAAACCUCGUCCUCUUCCUCAGUCUGGCCCAGUGCAGAACCUCCCUAUGCACAUCUGAGCACGGCUACUCAGUGUCGUUUUGCACAGGAUGGGGAUACCCCCCUCCCCUCCAGUACUUUUAUAGACAGGGUAAAAGCUUUGCCCCCUUUCCUAGGCCUGGCAUCUACUUAGUAGAAAUUAAAAAAACUGCAAAUAAACCCGCUCAAUUCCAUCUUCCAAGGAUGAUGAUAAGCGAUCUGGUGACUUCCAUCCUCUGAUAUCUCCAAAGGACAUGGGACUAUAAAGUGAUGGGUGCCACCUUCUGAAGGUCCAAUGAAGCACAUAGUGAAGAACGUGCAGCUGACGGAUGCCCAUGCACGGGGUGGAUAAUUAUUGCACUGGGAAAGUACUCAGUGCUUACCUGGAAAUCUUGUACAGUAUUUAAGAAUGUUUUUCAAUAAUAUACAAAUACAAAUAUUGUACAUUUUGUGUUACUGAGGAAUUGUAUCAUGUAGUCCUCUUCUGUCUCCAAAUAUCUACAAUAAACCCUUUACUCUCUA